UUUGCAGAUUAUUGACAUAGACAUAGACAUAGACUUGCAGCAAUGUUCACAAUUAUUAAUCCGUGUUGCCUCAUUGCUCCACAAUAGCCAAUCAAAUUAUUGCUACAAUUCUUACCGUAAUUGCCGGAAGUCUCAUGACAAAAUAAAAUUCGGCGACUUUUUCCACAAAAUGGGUUGCUGUCAGAGCAACGAAGACGAUACAGACUAUAAGGGAGAGCCUAGUUCCACUACCCGCUUACUCGGAGACCCAGUCAGUAAUAACACACCAGGAUCCGCACCAAGUGACAGCUAUGGCACAUAUGGUAGGGCCCAGACUGUGCAACCACAGGUUCAACACAAUGAUGAACAGUCGGCAUUAAGCAGAAUACUAAACCAAACUGCAAACAAUGUGAUAGAUGUUGCUGCAAUGGAUUCACACGCAAUUGAGCAACAUGAGUAUAUGGACAGAGCAAGACAGUAUGGUGCUAGAGUAGCUAAUAUAUGCAACAAUUCACAGAAGCUAAGACAUGGGCCUAGGUUACCCAAUGGUAUAGCAGCCCCACAUGUCGUCCUGGCAGCAAGGCCUGUUUCACAACAAGACAUUCAACUCAUAACAAAUGCCGCAGAAUUAGCAUCAAAGACAUUACCUGAAGUGAAGGUGAAACAUAAAGAAGACUUAGUAGUGCAUUUUGGGGUGCCUUAAUACACAACACGCUGAAGUGAUUUUUCAUUUGUGAAAGAACGUCCAAUUGCCCUGUGUAAUAUAUCUGUCUAUCCCAUGAUUGCAGGAGAAUGAAUGGAACAACAGCAUUGAUAUUAAUGAUAGUGUAAUAUUUUUGUGAUAUUGGUUUUCCAUGUAUAUAUGACUCAUAAGGCAAUGUCAGUAAAUUGUCAAAAUUAGAAAAAAAUUAAAAAUUGCUCAUUUUCACUGAUAUGUUUCUAUUGCAUGUAUUGUGCAUGUCUAUGCAUGUCUAUGGCUGCUAUAGUGUAGAUUUAUAUUGUCCUUUAACCAGUCUAUUGAAGAUAUGUUGAAAAGA